GAUAUUUUAAACCUUUAAAUUUACUUGAAAUGAUUUAAAAAAGAAAAAAGAUUAGUUCUUCUUCGUAGGAAAUAGGGAUUGAAAUUGGUUCUUCUUCUUCUUCUUCAGUGUUCCUUCUUCUCCAUGGCUGCUGCUGAAUCUCCAACUUCUGUUCGUAAAGUGGUUGUUCAUCUCAGAGCCACCGGUGAUGCUCCUAUUCUCAAACAAUCCAAAUUCAAGAUAGCUGGAACUGAUAAAUUUGCCAAAGUGAUAGACUUUCUUCGCAGACAGCUCCACAGGGAAUCAUUGUUUGUAUAUGUCAACAGUGCUUUUUCACCGAACCCUGAUGAACUGGUCAUUGAUUUGUAUAAUAAUUUUGGCUUUGAUGGAAAACUGGUUGUCAACUACGCUUGUUCUAUGGCAUGGGGCUAACACUAAAAUAACAGUUGCUGGUCGAUAUAACCUGCAAAUUCCAAAAUGUGAAUAUAUAUAGUUUUUCUUUAGUUGUUACCACACGUUUCAGCACAAACUCGGACUUCAAUUGCAUACAAUCAAAGUACAAUAUUGCUAUUGAACUUGAAGAUUCUGACAAGGUAGAAAUGGAACAAAAACUAACAUGUGUUCUUCAUAACUUGUUGGUUUGAAAUGCCUUUAUUUUAGGAGUGUCUUUACAUAAUGGAGCCACCCUUUUAGUUUUAUUCAUGCCAUUUUUUUUUUGUUGAGAAAUCUAUCAUGUCAAUUUAGUCAUGGAUGAUGGUGGUUUAGAAACUCGUAUGCUUGUUGAAGUGAUAACCAUUCAACUAUUAUUCUUUAAUCAAUAUAUCAUGAUGAUGUAUAUAGCUUCAACCAAUAAUUUUAUUGAA